AUGUCUUUCGAUAUGUUCUCACUCAUGCAACGCAGAGCUCAGGGACGCAGAGCAGGAGCAGGCGGAGCUCGAGGAUCAGGAUCCGGAUUCGGGGCGCCAGGGGGUUUUUCCAACUUCUUAUCGGCGGGCAACGGCCUCGGCGGGCUUGACCCCAAGGCAUUCACCGCGUUCCCCAUGGCGCCUUCGUCGUUUUCUCCCAACUCCGCUCCCGAUGUGCCUCAGCAGGCGUCCGAGUCGCCGCCGCCGUCGUCGUCUGAAUCAUCGCAGGAGCCCACUGCUUCGCCUCUUUCCGGCGGCCCAGCUGGUAACCUCGCAUCUUUGACAGGUCUCGCGGGCAUCGACACCGGCAUUUUUGAUUCUUUCCUCGGGUCGAAGAAUGGGCAGUAA